AUGCCAGAGUUAUACAAGGCUCGCUGGAGACUUGUUGAUGACGCCCCCCCUGUUGCAAUGGCCCCCGUCACCGACCUGUUCCAAUUGUACUGUCGCGACGAGAUAUCGUUCCAGGCAAUCUUGUUUGACGCAGCAACUCACCGAUCAGCCCUCCAGGGCAAACCAGCGCCGCUUGAAUACGAAAACCGCCUCUUGCGGGCUAUCAGAUCCAAUCUUCACACACUCAAGAUUGGCAUUAUUCUGGCCACGGCGGUCCUCUGCAACGUCAAGUGCAUGGAUGGAUCAGGCGGCUCCUUGCACUGGCUGGGCCUCAAAGAAAUAAUAACCAUGCGCGGCGGGCUUUGUUCGUUCAAGGAUGACCACCUCCUAUUCACCAAGCUGAUCUGGUCCUUCCUCGCCCUGCCCGGGCCUCUGACAGGAUUUGACUUUACUCCGGACCUCGACCGUGGACUCCAGGAUCUCAACGAUCUAGUUCGGGCCCGUCAGAAAGCCAUCAUCAACCUGCUACCGACUUCGGAGGAAGACGUGGAUCGUUUGACUGACUCCAAGCGGAUGAGGACAUUCAAGUCCUCGAAGCUGAGAAGUCGCCUGCAGCCACGAUCAUUGGAGCACCCAACAGAGCGUAACUGUCGUAUUGCCGUCAUCCUGUUUCUCGCCUCAGCACUCAUGCUCUAUGGUGACUUUGACACUGGUACCGACCUUUUCAUCGAGACCAUCGGCCGACACCUACAACAAGUGAAUGAUAAUGCAUCACUGUCACCACCGCACCUACUGUGGUUCACGGCUCGGUUAAGUAGCAUGCAUUCUAUUGGCGACAAAUACGCUCAAAUCUGGACUGGCGUCAUACGGAUGUCAACUGCGUUCCAUCGACUGGCCGCUGCAACGCAAGACAAGGCAGAAAUGCUGCUGUUUAGUUCGCUUGAAAUGCCUGAAACCCUUGCACAUAUACCCGGGCGAUGGAAGGUGGACGGAGAAUUGCGGAUCGAUGCAGAAGACGUCCACCAAUCUAUGCAAGAUCGCUCCGUCCCUGCAGAAUGCUUCUGCGAGCUACUUUGGUUUACUGAGCCGCCAAGUGAAUGA